AAGGCCUACCGGUGGCGGGCUGGUUUUGCCUCUCGCCCGCUCUCCUGGUGCCAGCAGGGCCGCGCCUGAGCAGCUGGCCCCAGCCUGCCCUCGCUCCCGGACUCCGCCUCCCGGCUCCCGUCCAGCAGCAGCUCGAACUCCCUCCCCUGCGGCUGUAUCGCCUGCUCCCCGCCCCGCUCCAUUGUCCCAGCGCCAUGUGACCAGCCGCGGUUACAAAGCACUUUUUCUCCUUAGUCAUCGCCCUCCGGAGCGCGGAGCCGAGACCGCCGCCGGCAGCGGCCAUCGCAGCCCGCCCCAGCCGCCGCCAGCACACAGCCCGCCGGCUCCUCCUGCCCCGGCCGCCCGGAGCCCCCUCGUAAGCAGUCGCUGCCGGCUCCGAGUCCUUAGAGCCGGGCCGCGGGCGCCCGCGGGAACCUGCCGACCCCAGCGAAGGAGACAGGCGGGCGGAGUGCGGGCUCCCAUGGGGACGGACAGCGGCAGAGCCAGGAUCCUCCUGGACCACGCGGCCACCCUCAACCUGCAGACGGGCAACCUGCUCAACUGGGGCCGGCUGCGCAAGAAGUGCCCGUCCACCCCCAGCGAGGAGCUACGCGACUGCAUUCAAAAAACGCUGAAUGAAUGGAGCUCAAAGAUCAACCUCGAUCUAAACCAGGAAAUGCCAGAUGUCCUGGAAUGUAAUGUAGAUCAGGCAAUGGAAAAGAUAAAUCCUGAAGAAAGGGAAGAAUUGAAAGUGUCAGCAAAACUUUUCAUCGCAGGAUCAAACUCUUCUUCAAUCAGAGAUGCAGUUGAUAUGGCAUGUUCUGCCCUGGGGGUUGCCCACUUAGAUUCUGUGAUCAUUGCUCCACCUCCUAUUGAAGAUGGAAUUAAUCUUUCUUUGGCGUAUUUACAGCCUUACUGGGGAGAACUUGAGAACUUAGUUCAACACAAAAAGAUUGUUGCCAUAGGUACCUCUGAUCUAGAUAAAACACUGUUAGAGCAACUGUACCUGUGGUCACAGGUGAAACCACAUAGUAACCAGGUAAAUUUAGCUUCCUGUUGUGUGAUGCCACCUGACCUCACAGCAUUUGCAAAACAAUUUGACAUCCAGCUGUUGACUCAUAACGAUCCAAAAGAAUUGCUUUGUGAGGCAAGUUUCCAAGAAGCUCUUCAGGAAAGUAUCCGGAACAGUCAAGCACAUGAAUGGACUCCCUUGUGGCUUCUCCGGUAUUCAGUCAUUGUUCAAACCAGAGGAAUUAUCAAAUCGAAAGGCUAUAUCUUGCAAGCGAAAAGAAAUGUCUCUUAAUACAUUUUUCUUUUGACAACAGCCUGCUGUCUUAAUGCUUUGGAAACAUACCACCUUUUUUGCAUAAAAACUUUGCACGGAGGUGAAAACCAUCACAAGUUAUAAUGAAGACCAAAAGUGGUGACAGUAAGGCCUGGGUUGUCCAGAGGCACAGUGCUCUGACAGCAUUGUCAAAUACUGCACAUUUCUUUCCUAACAUAGAGACCAGUUUACUAAUAUAUGAAAUAUUUUGUGUUGAUUAAACUGUUUUCUAAUUGAGAUUAUCUAAAGAAAUUCAAAAUAUUUUCUUUAUGACUAAUAUAAAAUUAUCACUAAGUAUAUUUUGGCUGCCAUCAAGGUAAUAUAUAGAAAUUUAUAUAUUUUUGUUUUCAAGAAAGAAACUUAACAUUCUGAAUUUCUUCUGAUGUGCUUAUUCCUACUAGUUAGGUAGCUAUAUAGGAUUUGAGCAGUUGAGUAACUUUUAAGUAGUUUUCUUUGGUUUUUUUUUAUCCAUAGGAAAAUUCUCUUAAGUAAACAGACUAAUUGGAAUCUGAUUAAUUGGUAUAGCAAGUAAGCUUCUUAAUUCACAUAAAAGAAAACCAGAUUUUCAUUCCAUUUUGGUACAAAAAGGCCUUUGUAUUUAAAAAAUAUAUAUAUUUUUUUAAUUAUAUUAGCUCAUCCUGUUUGUUUCUGUACCACAUUGCUCUUACUGUGUUUAGCAUGUGGACAGGAGUGAUGCCAUUUUCUGUCUUAAAUUGUGAAAUGUAUUGUAGUGUAUUUAAACUAAGAUCUGGAAUUACAUGGUCAAAAACAAAUUAAACUGUAGUCAGAAUGUGCCUGGUUUUGUCCUAAUCUAUGUACUAGAUGCUCAAGAGCCACAGAUACUUUAAGAACGUGUCUAAAAUCAGAAUAGAUAAGUAUAUAAAUGUUGAUGGGAUGUACAUUGUAUAAUCAUGUACAAAAGAUAUAAUGUCUGUUAAUUUUGGGUUACCUGGGGAAUUAACUGAUGUUCAGGUGUCAUCCAGAGAACAGAAUACCAAGCAAGCAUUAAACCUGUGUUCUUGUUCCCUUGUGUUGCCAGCUUCACAUGUGCAGUACUGUUGGCUUCUAAACCUAAAGGAAA